AACCAUGGCUACAGUACUUCUGCACCACAUACUUUUCUUUCCUCACCUCCAAAGUUUUGUCAUGUAAUUGGCCCUUUUGUAUUGUGACAAGGUGGAAGAUACAUAACCAAGAUUAAAUAUUUUAAAACUAUAUUGUGGCUGUCCUCAACAUCUUUGUUUCUUAUCAGAUUUUGGGCUCAAUCCAAGUCUUUUGAUGUGAACUAUGCAAGAAUCCAAAACCAUGGCUACAGUACUUCUGCACCACAUACUUUUCUUUCCUCACCUCCAAAGUUUUGUCAUGUAAUUGGUCCUUUUGUAUUGUGACAAGGUGGAAGGUACAUAACCAAGAUUAAAUAUUUUAAAACUAUAUUGUGGCUGUCUUCAACAUAUUUGUUUCUUAUCAGAUUUUGGGCUCAAUCCAAGUCUUUUGAUGUGAACUAUGCAAGAAUCCAAAACCAUGGCUACAGUACUUCUGCACCAAAUACUUUUCUUUCCUCACCUCCAAAGUUUUGUCAUGUAAUUGGUCCUUUUGUAUUGUGCAAGGUGGAAGGUACAUAACCAAGAUUAAAUAUUUUAAAAAUAAUGCUUACUAUUAGUAGUUACAAUAUAUCCUCUCUUACCUCCAUACAUUUUCAAAGGUCUGGAUUUGCUAUCGUAUCCUCUUACAUACAUACACACUGACACAUGAUUCAAGUAAGUCAAAAGCAGUGGCGAGUUUAAUUGAAUUUGCUUUAAUUGUUCAAUUUAUAAACACUUCAAGAACUACUUUCUGUGGAUGGUAAUCAAAAUUUCCAAGUCGUUAGGUUGAAGAAAUACAAAAAGUUUGAAUAUAUAACCCUACUUCUUCCAUGGCACAAGCUCAAUCAGGAGAGAAGGAGGAUCCAACAAAAGUACGAAAUUCCGAUCUUUCUACUUCCAUGUGUAGCUAUGAGAAUUUACCAAACCAUGAACUUGCCAACUUGAAACAAGAUCAUGAAGUAGUUUUAGUCAUGGUUCCAUUUCCAGCUCAAGGCCAUCUUAACCAACUUCUCCAACUUUCAUGUUUAAUCUCCUCCUAUGGUCUUCCUGUCUACUAUGUUGGCUCGGCCACACAUAAUCGUCAAGCCAAGGUUCGAGCCAACGCCUUAAAUCCUUCAGACAUAGCCAAAAUCCAUUUCCAUGACCUCCCAACUCCUGAAUUUGCCUCCCCACCACCUGACUUUAAUGCCUUAAGCAAAUUCCCGUCACAUCUUCAGCCAUCAUGGAAUGCUUCUAUGCUUCUUCGCGAGCUCAUUGCUUCUUUCAUACGCAAUAUCUCCUCAAAAUCAAGACGAGUUGUCAUUGUGCAUGAUUGUUUAAUGUCCUACAAUGUUCAGGAUGUUUCUUCCUUGCCCAACGCGGAAUCCUAUAUAUUUAAUUGCAUUUCAGUGUUCACUUUGUACUAUUCCAUAUGCUUGUUUUAUGGGAUGUCUGUCCAACUUGGAGAAGAAUUGCUUAAAAAGCUACCCUCCCUUGAAGGAAUUAUGUCAGAUGAAGUAAGGGACUUUACAAAUUCUCAGAAUCCAUAUAUGGAUAUUAGAUCAGGUGAUAUCCACAAUACAAGCAAAGUAAUUGAAGGCAAGUUUCUUGAUUUGCUGGCACAAGCAGAAAUUAAUCAGAACAAGAAACAAUGGGCAGUUGGACCAAUUCUGCCUACUAAACUUGAUCAUAGCUCAAAUAGGAACAAUACAUGCUUGGAGUGGCUGAACAAACAACCUCCGAGAUCAGUUAUUUAUAUAUCUUUUGGAACAACAACUUCAUUAUCUGAUAGAGAAAUCAAGGAGCUCGCGGUGGGAUUAGAACAAAGCAAACAGAAGUUCAUAUGGGUGUUGAGAGAUGCCGAUAGAGGAGAUAUCUUUACUGGAAAAGCUAGAAGAGUUGAGCUGCCAGAAGGGUUUGAGGAAAGGGUAAAAGAAGUAGGCUUAGUGGUAAGAGAAUGGGCACCACAACCAGAAAUCUUGGCUCAUUCGUCCACAGGCGGGUUCAUGAGUCAUUGCGGAUGGAAUUCUUGCAUAGAGAGCAUUACUAUGGGAGUGCCGAUAGCUGCUUGGCCUAUGCACUCUGACCAACCAAAUAAUGGUUUCUUGGUGACUGAAAUAUUGAAAAUAGGCCUGCUUGUUAGAGAGUGGGAGAAACGCGAGGAGCUGGUAAGUGCAUCCACCAUUGAGAAUGUCGUGAGCAAAUUGAUGGCAUCAGAAGAAGGUGACGGGAUUAGGAAAAGAGCAGAAGAAUUGGGAGAAGCCGUAAGGCGGUCCACAGAGAUAGGGGGUGCUUCUCGAAUAGAGUUGGAUUCUUUUAUUGCGUAUAUCACAAGAUAGAAUUGCUUUUCACCAGAAUUUAUAGUUUUUUGGUUACUUUUCAUAUUCAUUUAAGUUAACCUGUCACUUAUCUACUUCUUGGCUCAGACUAGUUUAUACUAACUUAUACUUCUUUGAUCUUGGAAUGUUCAGUAUCUGACUUUUUAUA